AUGGCCACAAGCAAAUUAGCUAGGUGCAUCAUCAUCCACGUCACCCUUCAAAUCCUCUUUUGCCAACUUGCUGAUACCUCCUCUCCAUAAAAUCUUCUCCACCCCAAGAACCACCUUUCACUGGGUUUUAUCUCUUUUACCUACCAUGUGGCCCAAAUCGGUAGUCAGCAAGAUCCAUGGAAAGAGGUUCAGCACCAGCAACAACAACUUCGUCGCCGACUUGCCGUGCAUCGACACGGAGACAGAAUUGGUGCCCCGAGUUCCAAGUUUAAAGCAGUCAUCGUCUUGUUAUUAUAGGAAAAGCCUCUUAGAUCAUCACGAGGAAACGCAUAAGUACAAGAUUUUCGUUAGCACUUGGAAUGUUGGUGGUGUUGCACCAGGGGAUGACUUGUCGAUAGAAGAUUGGCUCGACGUACGCAACAAUCCAUGCGAUAUUUACGUUCUAGGGUUUCAAGAAGCAGUUCCUCUGAAAGCUUCCGCCAUUCUGGGGUCGGAAAACUGGACAAUCCAAACGAAAUGGAACGCCGCGAUCGGGAAAUCCUUGAACCGAACGGGACACGAGCAAGACAAGUUCCUUUGCAUGGCGAGCAAGCAGAUGGUCGGAAUAUUGGUCACGGUUUGGGUUCGCAGCGAGUUGCUCCCGCACGUAAGCCAUCCAAGUGCUGCAUGCGUAGGCUGUGGCAUUAUGGGCUGCCUCGGCAAUAAGGGUUCGGUGUCAGUUCGAUUCAAAUUGCACGAAACGAGCUUCUGCUUUGUGUGCACUCAUCUUGCUUCCGGCAAUCGACAAGGAGAUCGUAAGUUAAGAAACUCCAACGUGGCUGACAUAUUGUCAAGGACAUGCUUCCCGGAGGGCCCUUCAAUGAAUUCGCCUAGAAAGAUCCUUGAUCACGAUUGGGUAAUCCUGCUAGGAGACUUGAAUUACCGGAUUUCCCUUCCGGAAGCAACGACACGGUCGCUUAUCGAGCGAAAUAAAUGGAAUAAGCUGCUAGAACACGAUCAGUUAAAGGCGGAGCUCAGGAAUGGUCGAGUACUCCAAGGUUGGCAGGAGGGGAGAAUCGAUUUCGUUCCUACCUAUAAAUAUUGCCCUACUUCGGACGUCUACUACGGAAGUGGCCAUGAGAAUAUCAAAGGAGGAAGAGGACGAGCUCCUGCAUGGUGCGAUAGGAUAAUAUGGUGCGGGGAAGGGCUGAAGCAGCACCUGUACACGAGAGGCGAGUCGAAGUUGUCCGACCAUCGGCCAGUGAAGGCGAUCUUCACCGCGCAGGUCGGUGUCUUGCCGAAGCUCGGAGGCCUUCAAAGCUUCUAGCGGAUCAAGAAACGUGUCGGCAGAUGAGAUUUCGCAGUCUGUGGCACGUCGAGCUUUCAAACUUUUCAGUGUUGAUUAAUUUCGUGCGCUGACGCUUUGUACAGUGAAUUGCCCAAAUCAAGUCCAAGUCGACG